GUGGAAAAUCCAAAACAGUUAUUGUGGCGGCACAAAACUUGUGGCCUCACCGAAACGUACAAAUAUUGAAGCAUAAGGUGCCAUUUUGCUCCGACGAAAACCGCCAUUGCUUCUUCUGCUGCUUUGAAGAAGCCUAACUGAAAAUGGCUCUCCGAUUAGAGCCGCCGCCGUGCUCUUCGUCUCCAUCAAUCUUCCCUUCCGUUAGAGCAAGCAAUAACGGCGUGAAGCUAUAUUCUAAUCCGCCUCCGACUGGGGCAAGUUUAACAUUAGUGCCGCCGAAGUUUCCGCUGAAUCAUCGUUAUAUCCGUCGCUCUCAUCCUGAUGCUGCCGUUGUUUCUGCCACCACCUCUAUUAUUGGUAGUGUGGAUGGUGAGAAUGCAGAACCUCCGCCGCCGCCGCGUGAUGGUAAUAGCCCUAGCAUUUCAGCUGAAGUCUCUUCCAUCAACGCCAACUCUAAGGACAGUCGUAAAGUGGUUCGAGUGGCUUGGGAGAAGCUGUUGCGAUGGUCUCGGUCGUGGCGCUCCAAAGCCAAGACAGACGUUCUUGAGCGCACCAGCAAGGUGGUGGUGCUUGGAGGGGGAUCUUUUGGAACAGCUAUGGCUGCUCAUGUUGCUGAAAGAAAGGCCCAAAUAGAAGUCAAUAUGCUUGUACGAGAUCCUCAUGUAUGUGAGGCUAUUAAUGAGAAGCACUAUAAUUAUAAAUAUUUUCCAGACCACAAGUUACCAGAAAAUGUCAUUGCAACAACUGAUGCCAAAGCAGCUCUGCUGGAUGCAAACUUCUGUUUUCAUGCUGUACCUGUGCAGUUUAGCUCGUCUUUCCUUGAAGAGAUUGCUGCAUAUGUUGAUCCGAGCUUACCUUUUAUAUCCCUCAGCAAAGGUUUGGAGUUGAAUACCUUAAGAAUGAUGUCUCAAAUAAUUCCAAAAGCUCUAAAAAGUCCUCGCCAGCCUGUUGUUGUCCUAUCAGGCCCUUCGUUUGCACUUGAGCUGAUGAAUAAAUUGCCAACAGCAAUGGUGGUUGCCUCUAAAGACAAGAAGAUGGCAGGUGCUGUUCAGCAGCUUUUAGCUUCCAAAAACUUAAGAAUUAAUACUUCCAGUGAUGUCACAGGAGUUGAAAUUGCCGGUGCACUGAAGAAUGUACUGGCUAUAGCAGCUGGAAUUGUUGAAGGAUUAAAUCUUGGUAAUAAUUCAAUGGCAGCUCUUGUUGCACAAGGCUGCUCUGAGAUCCGUUGGUUGGCUACAAAGAUGGGUGCCAAAUCUACAACAUUGACUGGUUUAUCAGGAACUGGAGACAUUAUGCUCACUUGUUUUGUGAAUCUUUCCCGAAAUAGAACAGUGGGAGUUCGACUGGGUGCAGGGGAAAAUCUUGAUGAUAUUCUUGGUUCAAUGAAUCAGGUCCUUGAAAAGCUUCUCUACAUGCACACGCCUUAUGUAUUCAACUUUUCUGGCUUUCUAACUGCGACAAUGGUUUAGGUGGCUGAAGGUGUAUCAACAGCUGGAGCUGUCAUUACCCUGGCUCAAAAGUAUAAGGUUAAAAUGCCAGUUUUGACAGCAGUUGCCCGGAUUAUAGACAAUGAACUGACGCCUACAAAAGCUGUUUAUGAAUUGAUGAACCUACCUCAGGUGGAAGAAGUUUGAAUGAUACGUUUACCAAAGACUUUAUAGAAACCUAAAUCACCCUCGUGAAGGGGCACGGCAGCUGCUGCUAGCUAGGAGCAACACAACAGAUGAGAUUACAAAAAUCUACAGGAGGAUAUAUACUUUGAACCCUUCCAAGGGAUGUAAUUUGUUAGAUUUACAUCCUCCCCCCAAUAUUCUUUACCCUCGUUAAGCAGGCUGCAUCAGAGUAUCAAGAACUAAUAGCUAAAGUUUUGUUGAUCGAUAUGAUCAAAUGGAAGAGGGAUGUGAAUAAUUGAAGUUAGUAAAAUCCUGAGGUCCCAUGUCUGGGACAUUUUGUGAUCUGCAGCUUCAUUUCGUUUCAGUUUCACUUCCUUUUUUUUUUUUUUUUUUUUGUCUAGACUUCAUCUUUGAAGCGGGUUAUUUUUUUUUUAAACCUUUAUCCUGGA